AUGGCAAAAGUGAAGAAGAAACUGAAGGCAGUUGGAGCUAAGAAGGCUUGGGAAUUCAGUUGCGGCUGGGGCAAGGUCAAAAAGAAGGUGAAGGAAAGGUUGCCAUCUUUGAGAGAGUGGCUGGCAGAACAAGGCGCUGAAGGCCUUGAGAACUUGGAAGUGCGAGCGUUGCACGAAGGACUGGAAAGCCCUCAGGCUGUCUUCCUGACGAAAGACGUGGAGAAAAAUGAGGUGAUUCUGCGGCUUCCAGAGGAGUGCCUUUUGGAUGCGGAGAAAGCGCUGAACGACGAGGUUCUCUGCAAGGCACGCGAACAACUGCAGCGUUGGAAGUCGGAAGCUUCCAUGGCUUUUUUCGUGUGCCUACGGCUUCUGCGUGCCACCCACCGUUCGGAUCCGUGGUGUUCUCUGGCGACUCUUUGCACUUCGAGCACAACCGGAGCAGGGCGGUGGUCAGAGGCGUUCCAGAGCAUGAUGGCGAAAACCAGCUUGAAGGAGCACCUCGAUGCCUCCCAGAGAGAAUUGAAGACCUGGCACAGCGCGCUGCAACGCUUGGUGAAAGAAGGCUUCGAUUGCAACUUCACCCUCGAGUCUUUGGGCUUGGCUCGUGACUUUUGGUAUGCCAACAGCUGGUCUGGGAAAGUCCUUCCCUGGUACAGCUGGCUGGUUCAGCCAGCUUCGGCCAAUGUCUCCCUGAAUGAUGCAUACGAACUCGUGGCUCUGACCCCGAUCAAGGCGGGAACCCAGCUUUCUCUGGAUGCCAGCCUUGACAACACCCAGCUGCUGUUAAGACAUGGUGUGGUGUUGAACGAGAAUUUGAAGGAUGAGAUCCAGCUGAAGUUGCUGACGCCCGAAAGAACGAUCUCUUUGUCUCGCGUGGGCAUCCCCGCUCAGGUGGUGGAUCAGAUUGAGGAAGAGCAAAAUACGCAACUGUUUGUCUCAAUCCUGAAGAGCACGCUGGAGCAGAGGAGAUCUGUCAAGGAAAGUCUCAAGAUCUUGCCCCAAACCUUGAACUUCACGGUGUGCAAAGGUGCACUUCAAAGGCGGAGGAAGCAGUUCCUAGAAACCUUUCUGGAAGGUCAACUGGCAAUUCUACAGGCCACACUUGAGCAGAUGCAGGACGCUGAGCAGGCAGAGGAUGCUGAUGAAGUUCAGGGAGAGGAAGCGACGGGCGAAGAGGCAGAAGAAAGUCCUGACGAAGAGGUGCAUCGCGAAGGUGCCACGCGCUUUGCACAGAUUGAGCAGAACAUCAAAACGAUGACGGAGGAUUACACCCGAGGCACCACGGAAGUGAGAUCUCAAAUGCGUCAGCCCGGCUCCAAGGCCACAGGCGGCAAGAACCGAGUCCAGUUGGCGCGAGUGGUCCGAUGUCAGCACAUGGCGGUGCUUGAUGGUUCCAAAGUGUUCCAAAGGUUUGGGGAUUUUUCUCGUGGACUUCUGCAUCAGAUGAAGGCGGGCGUCAGAGAUUUGAAACACAAAGCGGCUGACGCUGCGCUCACCCUGAAGGAGACCCACGAGCAGCGUGCGGUGGACUAUGUGCGCGAGCUGGCCGCCAGUGACGAAGACUUACAGGAUGUGGCCCAGAAUGCCAUGGAAGCGAAAGCCUCCACGAGUGCAGAACGCCUUUGGACACAGAUCUGCAAGGAUGCUCACACGGACCAUGAAGAACAAUUGGAUGAGAUUGAUUCAGAAGAAGCUAGUGGAAUGCUGGAAGUUGAGGUCGUGAAGUUGGGGACCCACGAUUUUCCUUUGCUUCGCCCGGAUAGGAAGGUGGCCGAGAAAGCGGUGCUUUUGCUGACUUUGAUGGAAAGCCGCAGCAAGUCCUUGAAGGAAGAGAAAGCGGCCAAGUUUCAGGUUACCGAGCUCCUUGGCACAGAUCUGGUCAUCUACACCUUUGAUCGGGCGAGCCCAAAGUUUGCCAUAGGGAUGGAGGACAAAGCCUGUUGUGGAGGUUGCGUCCUUCCCCUCUCAGCGAUUCUGCAACCAGACCAAGGGAGCUUCCCUUCAGCUCUCUACAGCAGCUUCUCUUGCGAGAGGUUUGAAGUCCAACUGCAGCUGCAGUUGCUGCCUUUGCAGCUGCUGCGUGGCCGGCGGAAGCUGCAAAUCGGCGAGGUCUCGGGCAUCAACACGCCACAGGAAACGUUUGGGCACAUUGUCUUGAAGCUAAAGCUGACUCUGAAGCAAAGCCCAGCCAAGCUUUUCCUGUCACCGCUGUCGGGAGUGCCACGUGAGACGCUGGAAAGCAAAGGUCACGUCAGCGAUCCCUUCAGCGUCAUCAAGGCCUGCGGCCUGUCGGUGGCGCGUCUGCAGACUGCGCUGAGGAUGGACCCGUUGAAGGCAGCGCUGCAUGAGAUGCGGGAGAAUUGGCUUCUGGCGAUUUGGUGGAGUGCCUUGAUGUUGAUGGCACCUUUAUGGACCUGGCCCUUCAUCUUCAACAUCUUCCUUGCCACUUUCGCGUGGACGUUGAAUCGCUGCCAGCGGAGAUGUUGCGUGAGGCAUUUAUACGCCGACGAAGGUGAGGAGAAAAAGGAGGACGCAGAUGUUGUGAAGGAAGCAGUGAAAGCCUCGCUACACAUCAUGCAAUUCACGGAGAACUUGAACAAAGCAGCUGCACAAAUCGAAAAAUUCACUUUCGCCUUGGGCCUGGAAGAUCGAUGUUUGUCCAGCAUUUUCCUGAUGUUGUGCUUUACAUUUGCAGUGCCAAUGUCCUUUGUGACCAUCAUCUUCCAAUGGAUCUUCACCACCGGGCUAUGGAGGUAUUUGCUGUGGCUUCCUGGUUCUUUCGUGGUUCUGCCCGAGGCCGUUCGGGAGGUGUUGCAUCAGGGAUUGAAACACUUGGAGGAGAUGAAGCAAGAGAUGUGUGGCGAUGACUUUGAGAGGAGAUUGCAGGGAUUCUGGCAGCGGGUGCCGGAUGACGCUGAGGCUUCCCAUCUCCACCUCUACAAACGAUACGUCUUUCGUGGCAAACCCGUCCGUGAGUCUUUGUAG